AUGACGGAGUUGGUGACCAGUGGGAAUUUGACUACGGUGACUGAGUUCCUCUUCUCUGUGUUCCCACGUCUGCCUGAUGGUGGCGUCCUCUUCUUCGUUCUUCUGCUUCUCACCUACGGAUUUAUCGUAACUGGGAACCUAAUGAUAUUCAUCGUCGUCCGGCUGGACAGGGCCCUGCACACCCCCAUGCAUUUCUUCAUCAGCGUCCUCUCUUUCCUGGAGAUCUGGUACCCCACGACCACCAUCCCCAAGAUGCCCUCCAGCCUGAUCAGUGAGCACAAGACCAUCUCUGUGGCUGGCUGCCUCCUACAGAUGUAUUUCUUCCACUCCCUGGGCAUCACAGAAGGCUGCGUCCUGACGGCCAUGGCCAUUGACAGGUACGUCGCCAUCUGCAGGCCUCUCCGGUACGCGACCAUCAUGACUCCCAGGCUGUGCACCCAGCUGGCCGCUGGGUCCUGCGUCUGUGGCUUCCUCCUUGUGCUUCCCGAGAUCGUGUGGCUUGCCACCCUGCCUUUCUGUGGCUCCAACCAGAUCCGGCAGAUAUUCUGCGACUUUACGCCCGUGCUGAGCUUGGCCUGCACGGACACGUCCCCGGCGGUCAUUGUGGACGCCAUCCAUGCAGGGGAGAUUGUGGCUUCCUUCCUGGCCAUCGCCCUAUCCUACAUCCGGAUCGUCGUGGUGAUUCUGGGGAUGCCCUGGGCCGAGGGCCGCCGCAAGGCCUUUUCUACCUGCGCCGCCCACCUGGCUGUGUUCUUGCUGUUUCUCGGCAGUGUCGCUGUCAUGUACCUGCGAUCCUCAGCCACCUACUCCGUAUUUUGGGACACAGCAAUUGCUAUCACUUUUGUCAUCCUUGCCCCCUUCCCGAACCCCGUUAUCUACAGCCAGAAAGAUGCUCUUGGAAGGCUUUUCUGCCGUCGGAAGAGGGCUAGCGGGGUCGGGGAUAGAUCUAGAGGCUGA